AAUCAUGGCAACAAGGCUCAUGUUUGAGAAUUCAUGUGAAGUUGGUGUCUUUUCAAAGCUCACCAAUGCUUAUUGUUUGGUUGCCAUUGGAGGUUCUGAGAGCUUCUAUAGCACAUUUGAAGCUGAGUUAGCAGACGCUAUUCCUGUUGUUAAAACUUCCAUUGGAGGCACUAGAAUCAUCGGUAGACUUUGUGCAGGUAAAGGCCUUUUAUCUUCUUUGAAACAAAAAUAUACUACUACUGAUCAAGAACUUCAACACUUGAGAAACAGUCUACCUGAUCAAGUUGUGGUUCAGAGAGUUGAUGAGAGAUUGUCUGCCUUGGGAAAUUGUGUAGCUUGCAAUGACCAUGUUGCUCUAACACACACUGAUCUUGACAAGGGAACAGAGGAAAUGAUUGCCGAUGUUCUUGGAGUAGAAGUUUUUAGGCAGACAAUUGCUGGUAAUGUUCUUGUGGGCAGCUACUGUGCUUUCUCCAACAAAGGUGGCUUGGUCCAUCCUCACACAUCCAUUGAAGACUUGGAUGAACUUUCAACCCUUCUUCAGGUGCCUUUAGUGGCUGGAACCAUAAACCGUGGCAGUGAAGUAAUUGCUGCUGGCAUGACAGUGAAUGACUGGACUGCAUUUUGUGGGUCAGACACUACUGCUACUGAACUUUCUGUCAUUGAGAGUGUUUUCAAGUUGAGGGAAGCUCAGCCAAAUGCUAUAGUGAAUGAGAUGAGAAGCUCAUUGAUUGACAGUUAUGUAUGAGCCAUUAAUGUGGGCAUGCUGUCAAAAAAUAUUAAUGGUGCUAUCUUGCCCUGAAAGGUUGAAUCGCUUGAUAGUCGUUGUUGAAAGUAUAUUGAUGCUCGACAUCACAUGUUUUAUUAUGAAAGAUAUUUGUUUGAAAUACUAUUUUUCACUAAUGAAACAAGGAGAAGCUCUGUUAUUUCCUUAGGGUUCUUCAUAACUGUGGA